AUGAUGCUGAAGAUACUUGGAGAGUUAGCCCUCGUUGGGGCUAUAGCGUCAGUGUUCAUAGUUGCGGCACAGGGGCGCGCAGCAGAACGAGCUGCAGAGGAAGCAGCGGGCAGGGAAUACAUAAGGAGCCUGAACGAACUCACGUCUAAAGCCAAGAAUAAGAAAACCAUAGCUAGCUGGAACUAUGAGAGUAAUAUCACUACUUACAACGAGGAAGUACAGAUGCAAGUAUUUUUAGAAGUAGCCGAAGAAGAGAAAGAGUACUGGAAAGAGACAAUGACAUACUUUUGGAAUGAAUUUGAAGAUGAGGACUUGAAGAGGAUGUUCCAGAAGUAUUCAAAGCUGGGAACAUCCGCUCUUCCAGAAGAUUUGAAUCAGCGGCUUAUACAAGCCACCAAUGACAUGCAGUCCACAUAUGCGAAAGCGACUAUAUGCGAUUACAAGGAUAGGACAAAGUGUGACUUGCAUGUCGAACCCGAAAUAACCGACAUCUUCGCUAAAAGUGAAGACCCUGAGGAGUUGAAGUACACUUGGCUGGAAUGGCACAAAGCAGCUGGUGCGCCUUCCAGAGCCAGUUUCACUGAAUAUGUUGAGAUGAAUAACGAAGCAGCUAAGUUGAACGGCUUUGACACCGCGGCGGAAUGGUGGCUCGGUGAAUACGAAGCACCAGACAGUGAGGAGCAGUUCAUGGCGCUGUGGAAACAGGUCAAGCCACUGUAUCAGCAAAUACACGCGUACGUCAGGCGACAGUUGCGACUGAAGUAUGGUGACAACGUAGUGUCCGCUAAGGGACCUAUACCAGCGCAUUUACUAGGCAAUAUCUGGGCUCAGACAUGGGGCGGAGUGGAGAAAUUCACAAGACCAUAUCCCGAUAAAGCAGACGUUGAUGUGACAGCUGCUCUGAUAAGUCAGAACUACACAGCGUUAAAAAUGUUCAAAACUGCAGAGGAGUUCUUCACUUCACUAAAUUUAAGCGGUAUGCCAGACUCGUUUUGGGAGAAAUCGAUUAUUGAAAAGCCGAAUGAUGGACGAGAGAUGGUGUGUCACGCUUCCGCAUGGGACUUCUUCGACGGUGAAGACUUCAGAAUAAAGCAGUGUACAACCAUAACGAAUAACUUCUUCAAAACAACGCAUCACGAGAUGGGGCACAUACAGUAUUAUUUGCAGUACAAAGAUCAGCCAGUUAUCUACAGAGCGGGUGCUAAUCCGGGAUUCCAUGAAGCUGUCGGUGACGUCAUCGCAUUAUCUGUGUCCACGCCCAAGCACCUGAGAGUUAUGGGGCUGUUGGAGGAUGGGCCAGACGACCUGGAGUCUAACAUCAACCAACUUUAUAAAAUGGGCCUAGAUAAAAUAGUUUUCCUUCCAUUCGCAUAUCUCCUUGAUCUAUUCCGCUACGGAGUGUUUCGUGGUACGACCACACCCGACAACUACAAUUGUCACUUCUGGCAACUUCGGGAAUCGGUGCAAGGUGUGGAACCACCAGCACCACGAAGCGAGGAAGAUUUCGAUCCAGCAGCGAAAUAUCAUGUUGCUGCUGAUGUCGAAUAUAUGAGAUAUUACAUAUCCUAUAUAAUCCAGUUCCAAUUCCACCGAUCCCUGUGCCAACUGGCUGGCGAGUAUACACCGGAUGACUCCAGCAAGCUUCUGUCCAACUGCGAUAUUUACAAAAGUACUGCAGCUGGGAAUGCUUUGGGUAAAAUGCUGCAACUUGGUUCAUCCAAGCCCUGGCCAGAUGCGAUGCAGAUGCUCACUGGACAACGGAACAUGGACGCUAGCGGAGUCCUCGAAUACUUCCAACCUUUGCAUGAGUGGUUGAAAGCGGAGAACGAGCGGACUGGAGAGUACAUUGGGUGGGAGCCCAGCACUGUCCAAUAUUGUACUGAAGAACAAAAAUCUGAAUUGGAAAAUUCAGAGUUCAAGAGAAGAUUGAAUAAAGUAACCGGUUGA